AUGCCAACCGAUUUUUCGCUCCAAACCGAGAAGGCGCCCAUAUCUCUGAAAUUCCUGGUUGUUGGUGGUGGUAUUGGAGGCCUCGCCGCUGCCUAUGCAUUAAGAAGUGCGGGCCAUAGCGUCCUUCUAGUGGAGAAAACCGAUGGAAAUCCGCGGAUCUCGCAGACGUGCGACGCUGUAAAGAUGUACAAUGGUGGCACCGGCUUGUACAUUGGGUCGAUGAUUACGCAGGAGUCCUUCUUGCAGCACCUGGGAGCUGAUUAUCGGUUUGUUAAACAUGGAGACUUGCAUUCGCUGCUGUUCAAGGCUGCCAGCGAUAUUGGCGUCAAUUUUUUAUUCAACACUGAAGUGACGAGCGCCGAUACACACAGCGUUACGGUCUCACUACGAAAUGGAGACGUUCUCAAAGCCGACGUGAUUGUUGGAGCAGAUGGAUACGACAGUGUCAUAAGAGCCGCUAUAUCGGGCCCUGCAGACGAUGGCUUCAAUCCGGACCUUCAUCAAAAGAAAGUCUGGAUUACAUUUAGCCUCCCUGCAGAGGUGUUACAGCAAGAUGAGGACCUCCAUUUCCUUGCCGACCAGUCUAACUGGGUAAUUGCGCUGGGCGACGGCUUCAUCUUCUCAGGCAAUCUUGCGCCGAAUGGAGAAGAGUUGGUCGUGUCCAUACAGUACGACACCGACAGACCGCUGGAAGAGGGAGAUGAUAAAUGGAAGAACCAGACUUCACCACUGGACAAGUGGGGAAUAGAUUACUCCAAAAUGGAACCGCGAAUCGUGAAACUGCUAAGGCAAGCCAAAGAGUAUUCCUCAAGAGUGUGCAUCGUUAGACCGAACCUGGACUCUCUUGUGUGCGACAAUGCUCGAGCCGUGCUCGUCGGUGAAGCCGGUAAACCACUACUUCCAUCUGGUCAUCACACUCCUGCUAUGGCUCUCGAAGACGCCCAGACCCUCGGUAUACUUUUCUCGAAAAUAAGACAUCCAGAUCAAGUCCCACAGCUGUUAACGGCAUAUGAAGAAAUCCGGCAACCACGAGCAUUGACUAUCCAACACUACGAAAUGCAGCAUCAGAGUAUGCUUGCUUGCCCAAGCGGACCGAUAAUGGAGCAACGUGACGCUAUUCUGCGGCAAGCGCUCGCCUAUCGCGACUGGGAGGAAAUGGACGAAGCUACAUUCAAGAUGGUGUGGGGGGACGAGCUAGACAUUUGCAGUUACGAUGCGGCUGAGAAAGUGGAGGACUGGUGGACGCAAUGGGGCUCCUACUUUGAUCGCAGUAACGAGAGAAGAAAAAGCAUCGAUCUGCCAACGUUGGUUCAGGUAUCGGUUUCGUCGUGA